AUGAAAGCAAACUAAAAUUCUGCCAAUUAAAAGCCUGAAAACUCCGCUGAAUCUCCAAAUCAUCAAAUUACCAGCAAAACUUCCUCUAAAAAGAGGGAAGAUGGAACUGAAGAUGUUAAUUCUAAAUUUUAACAAUUGAAAGAUUCAGAUAAGGUGAACGGGAAGAUUCCAGAGGAGAACGAGGAUGAUUAUGAUGCAGAACUAGAUUAAUCUACUGAGAGAAAUGAAAAAAUACAGAGUUAAGUCUCAGUUGAAGAGGUAAAAGAGAUUAUGAAUAAAAAUAAGUCGAAAUUAGAGAAACUUUUAUGCUAGUCGGAUAUUUUUGAGUGCCUCAGAAAAAUCAAUAAUGGAGAGAUCAAAUCCUACGAUGAGCUAGAUUUUCUAGCAACGAAGUAGCAAUAGAUCUAGCAAGAAAACUUGUCAAGGAGGAGACUCGCUAAUAAUAAAGUUGAUGAAAUUGAAGAUAUAGUUGGUGAUAAAGACAAUAAACUCUUUGAAAUAUAGAAAAUUGAGAAGCAACCUGACAACCUUAUUGGAGGUAUUUUGAGGGACUAUUAAAUAGAAGGCUUGAACUGGCUCUAUAAAUUGGAGCAAGCAAAUCUUAAUGGUAUCUUGGCUGAUGAAAUGGGUCUAGGAAAAACCAUCUAGUCGAUUGCUAUCAUUGCAUUGAUAGAAUCAUUUAAGACUAAAGAGUAGAUUGAGAGUAGAACUAGUCAUCACGUUAUCAUAGUGCCUAAGAUCGUAUUAGGAAAAUGGAAAAAGGAAAUCACUGAUUGGCUUCCUACAAUAAGGUUAUUCCAGUUCUACGGAUCAAAUGAAGAAAGAGUGCAAUAAGUUUAAGAAAUGAGAUAACAUAAGUUUGAUGUCAUGCUGACUACAUUCGAAACAGUUAUUAGGGAAAAAGGAGAACUCUCAAGAUACAACUUUGACUUCUUGAUUCUUGACGAGGCUCAAAGAAUAAAAAAUGAUGAGAGUGUUUUAUCAUAGGUCCUUAGAAGAUUCAAGACUAAGCAUAGAAUACUGCUAACUGGUACACCUUUACAAAACAACUUAAGAGAGCUUUGGGCACUCUUGAAUUUUUUAAUGCCAAAGUUAUUCGAUUCAGCUGAGGAAUUCAAAGAGCUAUUCAUGAUUAAGAGUGAAGAUUCUGGUGCCUAAGAGCAAAUAAUUAAAUAGAUUCAUAGAUUGCUUAGACCUUUUAUGCUCAGAAGACUUAAGAGUGAUGUAGAGAAGAACCUGCCAACAAAAAAAGAAAUUUACUUAUUUAUUGGUCUAUCAAAGCUUUAAAAACAGCUCUACAAAAAUAUAUUAACUGGUAAUAUUGACGUUGUUAAUGGAGUUGGUGACAAAAUUAAGCUCCUCAAUGUUCUAAUGUAGCUAAAAAAGGUUUGUAAUCAUCCAUAUCUAUUCGAUAAAGUAGAGCCGGGCCCACCGUUCAUAGAUGGGGAACAUCUUAUAGAUAACUCAAUGAAAUUCAAAGUACUAGAUCUUUUGAUACCUAAGCUUUUGAAUUAGGGUUGUAAGAUUUUGAUUUUCAGUUAAAUGACUAGACUUUUGGAUAUCCUAGAUGAUUUCCUAAGGUUUAGAGGAUUUUAAUAUUGUAGAAUUGAUGGAUAAACCUCUGCUAAUGAUAGAGAAAUUAGAAUUGAGGAUUUUUAAAAACCGGAUUCUACGAAAUAAUUAUUCAUUCUAUCAACAAGAGCAGGAGGUUUGGGUAUCAAUUUGCAUUCUGCGAAUGUAGUUAUAAUAUUUGACUCGGACUGGAAUCCAUAAGUUGAUCUAUAAGCAAUAGAUAGGGCUCACAGAAUAGGACAGAAAAGAGAUGUAGUUGUUUAUAGAUUUGUCACUGAAGGUUCAGUUGAAGAAAAAAUCGUAGAGAGAGCAGCUAGAAAACUAAGAGUAGAUCAUCUAAUUAUGCAAAAAGGAAAGUUUGGAGGAGGCAAUGACAAUAAUCCUAAUAAAAUGAAUGCACAGGAAAUGCUAUAAAUGAUUAAAUAUGGUGCUCAGGAAAUAAUUUUGACAGAAUAAGAUGGGUAAUUGAUGGAUGAAAAUAUUGACAGUAUAAUUGAGCAUAGCAUGAAGAGAACAGAUGAGAUAAAUAAGGAACUAAGCAAACUUGAAGAAAAAUUCAAUUUGAAUAAUGUCUCACUUACUGGUGAAGAUGAGAAAUAGACAGAUCUCUAUACAUUUGAAGGACAAGAUUAUAAAAAGAAAUAAGUUCCAUAAGCAUAGGAAAUAGAUUUUAUCGAUAUUGGGCAAAGAGAGAGAAAAUAGCUGUCCUACGAUAUCGAUAAAUAUUAUAGAGAAGCUCUAAAUUAACCCACUCAGACAAAGGAAAAAAAGAAAUUAAAAGGUUGGAAAGCUUAAGCUAACGGAGGGUAUGAUCACUAGUUCUUUGAUAGCGACAAGCUCAAUGCUCUUGAAGAGAAAGAAAAUAAUUGGAACAGCUAUAAAAAUAACCCAGAGGAGUAUAUUAAAAAUUCUGAAACAAAGUAAAAACCUCCUCAAUAUUCCAAUAAAGAUCAGUAUCAGAAAGAAAACUUGAUUAAACAAGGAUUUCCAAAUUGGUCUAAGAAAGAUUUCUUCACAUUUAUCAGGAUGUGUGAGACAUUUGGAAGAGAUAAUUAUGCUAAAAUAGCUGAAGCAUUCCCAAAUAAGACAAUCGAGGAGAUAAAGGAUUACUCUAAAGCAUUCUGGCAAAAGUGGGAAGACCAUAUUGAAAAUGGGCAUAAAUACGUAGAAAGAAUCGAAAAAGGUGAGGCAGAGAUAGAAAAAUAUAAGCAAAUUGAGUCUGCGAUAGAAGAGAAGUUCUAAUAUAAUUUUUAAGAAUAUGUGGAGAACAAUCCAGAAAAGUAAUUUAAUCAGUUUAUGCUCGAUGAUCUUACCAUAAUGAGAAAAGAUGUAAUAGGCCAGAGACCAUAGUAAUCUCUCAGUAAUUUUGAUUUUUCUGAGGAAGAAGAUAAGUUUAUUGCUAUGGCUUUGUUUAAAUAUGGCUAUGGAUCUUGGGAUUUAAUAAGGAAUGAGCUUAGAAAUUCUGAUAGGUUCAGGUUCAACUGGAUAGUGAAAACUAGAACUGUAAUAGAUAUCUAAAAAAGAUGUGAGUACCUUGUAUAAAAAUUUAAGAAAGAGGUUUAAAUCAUUAAAAAAAUUGAAGAAGAAAAAAGAACUUAAAAGGAAGAGGAGGAAAGAAGAAUUAGAAAACUAAAUGAGAAAAAAAUGCCUCAAAAGGGUAAAAAGUAGGAUAUUAGAUAAACUCUAGCUUCAAGUAAUAGUAAGUUAAAAUAAAAAACCAAUGGGAAAAGCCAUCUCUCGAGAAGAAACGACUGUAAAAGGGGGAGAGAUAAGGAUUCCGAUGAAAAAAGUGAUGAGGAGAGCGAUAAUAACGGAUCUAGAGAUUUUGACGAAUCAGAAGAAGAUCAAUCAGAAUCAAUGAGUGAUGUAUCUGAAUUUAAAAUGGCUAAGAGUAAAGGCGCUAAGGUAUCAAAGACUCUUAAAAAGGAAGAAAUUAAGCAAAAACCUAAUAAGAAUGGUGUAAAUAACUAAGGUUCAUAGCAAUCAAAUAGAAGACAGGCCAAAGAAUAGGCAAAACUGUAAAUUUCUGAGAGUAAAAAUUCUAAAGUGGGCGUUGCUUCGAGUAACUCAAAUAAUUAAAAUUAAUCUCUGAGGAGAAGCACUAGAAGAUCAUGA